AUGCACUAUACCAACCCAGACUAUGAUACUUCCAGUGAAUACUCCGACCCGAGCGAGCAGCGCCGGAGGUCAUACCGAUACAACGCUGCGGCUUCAUGUGCCAUUGAAGAUGAACCUGCUGAGGUCGCAGACCCCAUGGCCGUCAGCGAGUCGACCAAGCUCAAAGGGGUCUACUGGCCUGGCAUGGACAUCUUCGACUCUGCUACCCCAGAGAUGCGGCGUAAGAGGAACCAAAAAAAGGACAGCUCUGUCGUCGAACAGCUGGAGCUCAACUCUCAAGUAGUCGAAGCUACUGAGCUCAUCUUCACCCCAUUAGGGUCUUUCAAACGCCAGCGCAGGAUCUCGUGCUCGGAGUCUGAUGAAGAGGAUGAGGUCGAGAUCAAGACUGAGAGCCCUCAGCCUGUACGUCGGCGACCUGCUCUCGCCAGCCUUGAUGCAAACACUACUCGCCGCUCUACUAGACAGUCUAAGCGGCCCGUGUUUCCUAUUCUCAGCCGCAACCAAUACGAUGAUGAUGGCGGUCGUCCUGGCUACAACCAUAGCCACAACAAUCGUGCUCCGAAGCGAAAGCAGUUUGACGUUUACCAAGACGAGGAUGACGUUCCAUUCUCGCAGCCCAAUGGCAUGAACUAUCUUACAUCUGGCUUCACUCACCAACCAUCUCCAUCUCCUGCACCUGCAUUCAACUCUUACAAACCCUUCAACGACCCGUUCCAGUAUGAUAACAAGGAGAAUGUUCUACCUUCGUUCCACCAAACGGCUUAUGGUAACUUCCAUGGCCAUCAGAACAAUGCUUACCAGUAUCCCACCUACUCCUACGGCAUUGGGCCUGAUCAACAGGCCUUCCAGUACACCAGCCAUCUCUACAACACCGCAAGCGCCUACCAGCAACAGGACCAAGAUGACGAUGACCAACGUACCAUCACAGCUCCACCUUCGCCGUCUACAAGCUGA